GCGCUCGAUUCUUGUUCUUUCGUUGACUCGGAUCCAGUUAUACUUUGUCAUAGUGCAGCUAAUUGAUCUAUUGAUAUAUAACAAAGUACUGAAUGUUUUCUUCAAUCUAUAAAGAAUAUCAACAUGAAAAGACCUAUAGGAAAGCUCAACUGGAAGCUAAAAAACAAUGUAUGCUUGUUUCAAUUAAUGAAAUGACAAAUGGAUUACUAAACAAAAUCGAUCAAAAUGUAUCAAAAGCAUAUACAAAUCAGCACCGAUUAAACAGUGAAUUCAAAGAGUUAAUCAAUCAAUUACACAUUUAUCAGAAUCAUGUUAAUGUAUGGUUGAAGCUUGUUUCUGAUAUUCGUAAUGUUCUUAAAGAACUAGGUGAUGUUGAAUGUUGGUCCAUGAAAAUGGAACAAGAUGCCAUGCUAAUCGACAGUUGUCUACAAACAGUGCUCAGUCGUUAUUGAACAUCACUUUCUAUGAAUAUAAAAUCCUGUUUGGUUUCCUGAAUAUUAACAUAUCGUGUUUUCUAAUUUUCCAUCAUCUUAAUUUCAAACUAUAAUAUUUACUUGACAUUGAAGCAAACUAAUGAAAUAUUUGAGCAGAUUACAUAUUUUUUUAUGUAAAUUAAUUACUAAAGUUUUCUGGGAAUAAUAUAAUCUGUUAAAACUGC